AUGCGCUCGCUCCUAGCGUACUACGCGGACGUGAUGACGGCGGCGGCACGUGGCGCGGGCUGCGCGCUAGGCUGCAGCGGCCGCGGCGACUGCAUGAAUGGCACCUGCCUUUGCGAGAUACGCUACGCCGGCGACGAGUGCGCCGGUCCCAACAUGCCUUACCACGCCUGCAUUGGUGGGAUGUUCCUCGUGGUUGCGUUCGUCUGCGCAGUCCAGCUCACGAUAUGCGUGGUGACCGAGUACCGGCGCCUUAAAGCGCCAACUUUCCUCCGCGCCUGCAAGGUCACCACGCAGAAGAUGCUGUACCUCGUCGCGUUCCUGGCUUCCCUUAUCCGCGGAGCCUACUUUGUUUCUCCGUCGGCGUUUCAAGAGGGAUGGGCGACGAGCCUUCUAUCAGCUUACUACCCACUCCUCAUGUCGGGAUCCUCUCUCAUCGUGUGUUUCUGGGCAGAGGUGUUCCAUCUUCGCGACAUACGUUGGGAGCGGCCCCGUUUCCUCUCCAAGUCUUUCCUUGCCUUCGUGACUUUUAACCUGAUCAGCUACUCACUGCUGGCCGCUGAGGUUCUUACUACUAACGUAGCUGACACCUCACCUGAAAAAAGGAGUUUCUAUCAGCACGUCUUCAACGGAUGUUACGCCGUGUUACUUUUCAUCGUGGUCAUAUUCUUCCUCAUUUAUGGCGUCGAAGUUUACUUUAAACUUCGCGGCGAGUUCCUGAAGGAAACCAAAGUAUGUACCAUCAUCUUGCCCCGGCCGGGGCCCUCCACGGCUGCCGAUGGCGACGACGUGCAGGACACGCUCGUCACUAAACAAGGCAUACAAACCGACCUUGCUGAUCGCGAUGGCUCUGUAGACCCGCGCUCUGUGAAUCACUCGCAGCUGCAUCAAUCGCGAGUUGGCCUCGUCAGCCAGGCGUUGAUGCUCAUCCUCAUCGCGGGAUUUCUGGCCUCGGAGACUCUUAGCGAGUUCUGGAAGACCAAGGUGCCGGUGGUGUCGCGCAACUGGCACGACGUGGUGUUCCGUCUGGCGGAGAUCGGCGUCGCGCUAUGGUUCCCGUGCGUGCUGUGGAACUCCAUGGCGCCGGAGCGGCUGUGGCUGCUGAACCCGCGCCGGCUGCUCGCCCGCCAGCUCGACGACGCCCGCCUCGCCGACCUGCUGGCACACCAUCAUGAUGCUAAGAACGUAGAAACCGACUCGUUGGUUGGCAGCGUGAGCUCCGGUCGCGACUGCUGGAUCUGCUACGACGGCGCGCGCAACGAGCCGCUCAUCCGUCCGUGCAGGUGCACCGGCGACGUCUCCGCCGUGCACCACGACUGCUUACGACGGUGGCUUAUUGAGAGUGCUACAACACCCGAUGGCUUAAAAUGCAAAGUGUGUAACACGCCUUAUAUUGUUCAAGAGACAAACAGGGUAGAGUGGGAGCGCGGGUUCACGAGCGCGCACUGGGCGCGCACGGUGCUGGCGGUGUGCAGCGUGGUGGGCGCGGCCGCGGCCGCCUGGGCGCUCGUGCAGCUGUUCCCCUCGCCCGUCGUGCGCGUGCUGUGCGCCGGCGGCGCGCUGCUCGUGUGCUACGUGGCCGUCAGAUUCCUGAGUAUAAACACCAUAAUAGCGUAUCAACGAGCAAAAGUGUCUUCACUAAAGAUACUCACAGAACCACUUACGGAGGUGCCACACGGUGAACAAGGUCAAUUGUCCACCAUAAGCAAAACGGUGACGGUGGAGAUCGCCUCGAAAGCUGUCCUCGAGCGCGCGCUUAAAGGCGACAUCAGUAAAUAA